AGGGCGGGUGGCGACGGCUGCGGUGGCCGGGGCUUUCCUCCCCCGGCGGCGGGAGGCGGCUGCCCUGCAUCUGUGGCCGUGGGGAGUCGAGGAGCAGGUAACGAAGGCGCUUCCCGAGGCGGGAUUGGACCAAGCCAGAGGGACCGAGUCUUCUGGGUCUCUUGCCUGAGGCCUUGGCGGGAGAGAAGCGGGGGGCUCAACCCCAAGACCUCCAGAAAUGACGUCAGAAUCAUUUGCAUCCUGGCUGCCUCUACCUGCCUGGUCCAGCUGGGGACCCUGCCUCGCCGUCCCCGUGGCCAGAGGGUUGGGUGAGUGUGUAGUGGGGGGAGGGUGGCUGGACUUUGGGAUCUUUGGAGCGGUGACACCCAGGCUCUCCAGCCUCCUCGGCUUAGCCUGGGCCCCUCCCCAUCCAACCUCCACUCCAGUCCUCAUUCAACUUCCUCUUCCUGCGAAAGAGGGGCGCUGCCUGGUGACCUACACAGAUUGAAACACGAUCGCCAUGAAUGGAGACCGCUGGAAAAGCACUGGAGCACAGGCCCACUGGGCCAACUGGAGGCCAGAGAGAAGACCCUGGGCGGGGGCUGAAGCAGAGCCUUCCGGCAGCCCCCCAAUGCCCAGGCUUUGGAGAGGAGCUGGAAGCUUCACAACCCCUUCUGCAGGGAAAUUAAUGAUCAUGAGCUCGUAUUUGAUGGACUCUAACUACAUCGAUCCGAAAUUUCCUCCAUGCGAAGAAUAUUCGCAAAAUAGCUACAUCCCUGAACACAGUCCGGAAUAUUACGGCCGGACCAGGGAAUCGGGAUUCCAGCAUCACCACCAGGAGCUGUACCCACCACCGCCUCCGCGCCCUAGCUACCCUGAGCGCCAGUAUAGCUGCACCAGUCUCCAGGGGCCGGGCAAUUCGCGAGGCCACGGGCCGGCCCAGGCGGGCCACCAUCACCCCGAGAAAUCGCAGCCGCUCUGCGAGCCGGCGCCUCUCUCAGGCGCCUCCGCCUCCCCGUCCCCAGCCCCGCCAGCCUGCAGCCAGCCAGCCCCCGACCAUCCCUCCAGCGCCGCCAGCAAGCAACCCAUAGUCUACCCAUGGAUGAAAAAAAUUCACGUUAGCACGGUGAACCCCAAUUAUAACGGAGGGGAGCCCAAGCGCUCGAGGACAGCCUACACCCGGCAGCAAGUCCUGGAAUUAGAGAAAGAGUUUCAUUACAACCGCUACCUGACCCGAAGGAGAAGGAUCGAGAUCGCCCACUCGCUGUGCCUCUCUGAGAGGCAGAUCAAAAUCUGGUUCCAAAACCGUCGCAUGAAAUGGAAGAAGGACCACCGACUCCCCAACACCAAAGUCAGGUCAGCGCCCCCGGCCGGCGCUGCGCCCAGCACCCUCUCGGCAGCCACCCCGGGCACUUCUGAAGACCACUCCCAGAGCGCCACGCCGCCGGAGCAGCAACGGGCAGAGGACAUUACCAGGUUAUAAAACAUAACUCACACCCCUGCCCCCACCCCUUGCCCCCAUCCUCCCCUCACACACAAAUUGACUCUUAUUUAUAGAAUUUAAUAUAUAUAUAUAUUUUGGUUCUUUUCUUUCUCCCACGUCCUCCCUUGUCAAUUCAAACAGACAAAACAGAUAAACAAACAAGCCCCCUGCCCUUCUCUCCCUUCCACUGUUUAGGACCCUUUUAAGCAUGUGAUGUUGUCUUAGCAUGGUACCUGCUGGGUUUUUUUUUUUUUUAAAGGUCAUUUGGGGGGUUAUUUAUUUUUUAAGAAAAAAAGCUGCAAAAAAUAUAUAUUGCAAGGUGCGAUGGUCUGGUUUGGGUGAAUUUCAGGGGAAAUGAGGAAAAGAAAAAAGGAAAGGGAGAUUUUUAAGCCAAUUCUCAUCCUUCUUCUCCUCCUCCUUCCCCCCUUUCCUUAGGCCUUUUGCAUUGAAAAUGCACCAGGGGAGGUUAGUGAGGGGGAAGUCAUUUUAAGGAGAACAAAGCUAUGAAGUUCUUUUGUAUUAUUGUGGGGGGGUGGGAGGAGGGGGGAGGACAGCAGACAAAGCUAAAUGCAUCUGGAGAGCCUCUCAGAGCUGUUCAGUUUGAGGAGCCAAAAGAAAAUCAAAAUGAACUUUCAGUUCAAAGAGGCAGUCUAUAGGUAGAAUCUCCCCCCACCCCCAUCGUGGUUAUUGUGUUUUUGGACUGAAUUUACUUGAUUAUUGUAAAACUUGCAAUAAAGAAUUUUAGUGUUGAUGUGAAAUGCCCCGUGAUCAAUAAUAAACCAGUGGAUGUGAAUUAGUUUUA